AUGAUAGUUUUGUUCUGUAUUCAAUCAAUGUUCAAUCAUAGUACUAAUAGUCAUAGUAGUAGUAUUAGCAGUAGUAGUAGUAUUAGUAGUAGUAGUAGUAGUAGUAGUAGUAGUAGUAGUAGUAGUAGUAUUAGUAGUAGUAGUAGUAGUAGUAGUAGUAGUAGUAGUAGUAGUAGUAGUAGUAGUAGUAGGUAUGAGUGA